AUGAAGACUAUUUCCUCCAUCUUAAUCGCCGUCAUCGCAAUUUCAGCUGCAAUUUACAACAACGAGUACAUGCUCUCACGCCUCACGCGCUUUAAAAAGCACUUCACCACACCUUCAAACAACCUCGCCAACACAACAAGAGACAUGUCUGCCAACAACAUGUUCCGCGGGUUGCCCGUUAUCCCCGACGAGCAAUUCUCUACUACAUCGCCUCGCAAGAUCGCCAAGUCCUUUCUUGCAGUCGAGCAAUCCGAAGGCGCAGGCGCUCGCGUCCGCCGAUCAGUUGGCACUCCCAAACUACGCAAUUUCUCGCCCUUCCUCAUGUUAGAUCAUUUUGCAAUUCCGCCCGGUGCAGGUUUUCCUGACCACCCCCACCGCGGGCAGGAGACCAUCACAUAUCUGCUCUCAGGCGCUGUGGACCACGAAGACUUUGCAGGAAACAAGGGUACUAUCGAGACUGGAGAUCUGCAGUUCAUGACCGCUGGGCGCGGUAUUGUGCAUGCAGAGAUGCCACAGCAAAACGAAAAGGGCGAGGCGAACGUAGGCAUGCAGCUUUGGGUUGAUUUGCCUAAGGAGCUGAAGUCCUGCGAACCGAGAUACCGCGACUUGAGAGCGAAGGAGAUUCCGGAGGCUACGUCAGAAGACGGCAAGGUCAACGUGAAGGUGAUCUCCGGUCUGGCGUACGGCAUAGAGAGUCUGAAGGAGUUGGCAUACACCCCCGUCUGGCUUCUGGACUUCACAGUACAGCCUGGUGGCACUGUUAAGCAGCCUCUACCCAAGGGCUGGAACGCGUUCGCCUACCUCCUCAAUGGCACUACCAUCUUCUCCACUGACGGCGAAUCGCGACCAAUUGAGCAGUACCACAACGUUGUCUUCGAAAAGGAAGGCGACAGCAUCGAGGCUUCAGUGGAGGAAGGUGCAGAGAAGGAGUCGAGAUUUAUCUUAGUUGCUGGACUCCCACUUGAUCAACCCAUCGUUCAGUACGGACCCUUCGUCGUCACCAGCAGGGACGAAGUCAUGCAGGCCAUGUCAGAUUAUCAGACACAUUCCAACGGAUUUGAGCGGGCGUACAACUGGGAAAGCGAAAUCGGAAAGAGCAUGGUCCACUAA